GGUUGCUAUGGUGACCUCGUUUCGUUUUUCAGUGCUUCCUACAUGGGCGGAAAUAAUGCUAAAUAACCAUUAAAGGUUAAAUAAACGUCGUCUACGUUACAUUUAUUUUAUAAAGAGGUUCCUUGAAACGGAAUCAUGUAAAAGGUUUGUCAUUUUUUAAAAGAUAUGGAGCGGGUCCGCCCCUAGGAAGCGCACAGGUGUUAAAAACAAACGACCCUCUCCUUCUAUCUCUGUCCGCGGAAGAAUUAUUUCAGCACACACACGACUUCCGACUCUGCGGUGGGGGUGAACGUGAUUCUCUGACCAGAUGUGAACACAUUUAAAACAGAAACUGAGACACGCAUAGCACAGACGGGGGAACUGCAGCAGAAAAUAUUUAUUUGUUUUGUAAUUUAUUUAUUUAUUUUUUUACAAAAAAGGAGCCGAAACCUGUCCAAGAUGGAGAGCUGCAGCUUCCAGAGCCAGCUCCUGUCCGUGAUGGAGGUCCUGGCCAAGGCAGCCGUGGAGGAGAUAAACCGGCGGGUGGAGGACAGCUGCGCGGUGCUGCGGCUGGACAUCGAGCUCCUGAAGAGCAAGUGCGAGGGGAUGGAGGCAGAGCUGAGGAGGAGCAGGAUGAGAGCCAGGAGGAAAGGGUUCAACGCUUCGGCUUCAGAGAGAUUUUCUCCUUUGGUCAAAGUGGUUUUGAACCGUCGGAGCUUGGACUGGGACUCACAGGUGGAGGCUGAGGCUCGCAAUCAAUCCCAGCAGUGCGCAGACAUGGAACCUGAGACUGAAGCUGAGGACGUACGCAUCAAAGUGGAGCGUGCAGACGAGGACACGUGGAGGGACGACCCAGAGGACAGGCUGACCCCUGGAGCUGAGCAGCUGUCGUGUUUCAAAGCCUCACAACCUGCCCAGAUUGACGGGUUUGCGCAUGAAAACCCGGCCGACUCCCGCCCUCCGCUUUCUCCAGCCGACGCCUACGACGACUCCUUCCCGGGCGGGCGGGUGAACGGAGGCCGCAACGAGACGGAGCUCCUGGUGAAGCGUGAGAAAGAGGAAGAGCCCGAUGAGAACGCAGCUCCGCUCGGUGCGUCGGACACACCUGUGACCGAAGACCGGCUGUGGUCGAGCAGUCUGCGCGGAGACGCCGGUGAUCUGAGCGUCUCGUACCCUGGGCAGCAGUUCGAGCCCGCCGCCACCGCGUUUGCGCCUCAAAGCGGAUUACGUGUAGAGGACGUGGUCUCGAGAGGUCACCCACUGGGGAAAUCCGUGGCGGUGAGUGCAGCGAGGGCGAAGAGACGAGCCAGAACAUUUGGACCAAGGAGACCACAACCAGACGAAGGACACGGCGCUUUGUCUCAGAUCAACUCCCUGGAUUCAAGCCCCGUUCCUCAGCAGCCGCAGCUCCAGCACCGAGACGCCGCCGCGCCCCACGCGAGGGCCCCCGGCGAGGACCCGGGCGCGGCGAACCGCGGCUUCGUCCUGGCGAGGAGGAUGCGGACGCCCUGGAGGCCGGGCCUCGGCGAGAAGAGGUUCAGCUGCACGUACUGCAGCAAAGGCUUCGUGAGGUUCAGCCAGCUCAAAGAGCACCUGAGGAGCCACACGGGCGAGAAGCCGUUCAGCUGCAUGCAGUGCGGCCGCAGCUUCACCAAGCAGUGCAACCUCAUCAGGCACGCCGUGGUCCACAGCGGCGAGAAGCCCUUCGAGUGCUCCGUGUGCGGGAAGUGCUUCACGCAGCGCUCCAGCCUCAAGUCCCAUCAGAAGACAGUGCACUGAGCGGUUCAUUAAUUAUAUAUGUCUGCUACAUUCCACGUCUUUAUAUAGAUUAUAUAGAGCUAGGUGAUAUUUUUGAUAUGAUAGUUUUUAUUUAUUUAUACAAGUGACGUUUUAGAGAAGCUAGUUUGUGCCGCGUUUAACUGCUGUCUGUUUGGGAUUUGCUCCAGAUCACUGCAGGCGUCUCAGCCAGAGUGACCGGGUUUGAGUUUGUGAAAGCCAAUGAAAAUUUAAUGUAAACAUGUUUGAAGCUCUAGUAAAAGAAUCUCAAGUCUGAAAUGGUUUCAAGGUUUGAGUUUGACACAUUUCUAAGUCUCAAAAAGAGGAAACGUCUGGGAAAAAAAGAGGAUGUCUGGUCACCUUAUCUGAACCUAUGUGAAAAAUGAUUUUAAAGUUACAAUUUAAAAUGUUGUGUUUUUGUGAGAAACACUUUUAAGUCAGUUAAUUGGGACUCACCAACAUACGGUCACGUGAUCGGGAAGGAUGGAACAGGUUCACCUGCUGGGAGAUGCAUUCGUCCCUUUUAAGUUAAUUUUGUUUAUGACUUUUAAUGUUAAUGUUAAUUGUUAAUGUCAUUUAAUGCAAAUAGUUCCUGUAGAACUAUACGGACAUUUGGGACGGCUUUAGAUGAUCCUGCAGGAACUUAAUUUAAGGCUAGAUGCUCAUAACAUUUAGCUGACGCUUCACUUUAUUAGCUUCAGUCUUGGUGCAGGUCCUGCUGAGAUGUUGUGCCAUGGUUUUCUACAGCUCUUUAUUUUUAGGCUGCAUCGUAACUGCAUCGUGCCAGAUAGAUAUUCACCCUGAAAGUUUACAGUUUUGUAAGACAGAAAAUAAAUCUUAAAUUUAA